AUGGAUUUACUUCGCAAUAGACGCAAACAAGCAGUGUCAACGGAGCCCUCGGUCGAGCCCUCUCUUGAUGUAACGUCUCUCCCUUCCCUCUCUGGUUCCGCGAGCCCUCCAGAGCCAUGGGAGGAAGUGGACAUAUCAUCUAGCGACUAUGCCCGCAGGCGCAGGGAGCUUAUGGAGAUGAUGGUUGACCUCCGAUCCAUGGGUGCCGACGCGUUGAUCGCCUUACCAUGCGUGGUCGUAAUUGGUGGCCAAUCCGCGGGCAAAAGUUCACUCGUCGAGGCCGUCAGUGGGAUCAACGUCCCAAGAGAUAGCGGAACGUGUACAAGAUGCCCUAUGGAAUGUAACAUGUCUAGUCAUGCCACAUCGUGGUCCUGCACUAUCACCCUACGUAUCGGUUUCGAUAGUAACGGCCUAGAUCUUCAAAAGCCUACUAAUGUGCGAUUUGGCCCAAAGAUCACUGACAGAAGUGAAUUCGAAGUUUGGCUGCGUCGUGCUCAAGCAGCCAUUUUGAACCCAAACGUUCCUUCUUCGACUUUCCAUGCAAAGACCAUCGAGGAACUUAGGAACAUAAAGAAUACAUUGAAGUUCUCCCGCAACGUGGUAUGCGUCUCAAUUGAAGACCCCGAUGCGACUGACCUGUCAUUCUAUGAUCUACCUGGCCUAAUACAAAACGAAGAAGCCGAAAUGGUCACCUUGGUGAAAUGUUUGGCAGAACAUUACAUCGAGAAAAAAAACACUAUCAUAUUGACUACGAUUCCCAUGAGUGAUGAUAUGGAAAAUCAACAAUCCAUGAGUCUUGCCAGGGCCGCAGACCCCAAUGGAGAGCGAACAAUCGGCGUACUUACGAAGCCUGACACACUUGGUACUGGAGCUAUCAACCAGCGCCGCAAAUGGGUAGAAAUCAUUGAAGGUUGUUCGGAGGAGCACACACUGACACAUGGUUUUUACUGCGUGCGUCUUCCCGAUGAUGCGGAACGUGCACAACGCCUGUCUCGUGCUGAAUCGCAAAGGCGUGCUGCUGAAUAUUUCGACACGACAUCGCCCUGGAAGGACGUAAUCCACCGCCAUCGGUUCGGAAUUCCAGGCUUUGUCUCCGAUAUAAGCCAACUGCUUAUUCGAAUGAUCGAGAAAGCUUUACCGCGUCUCAGAGAAGAUGUCGACGCGCUCCUAGCCAAAUGUGCCAAGGACAUCGAUGAACUGCCCCCACCACUUGAAAAUGACCCACAAAUUGAGGUUUUAGGACGAGUGAAUACGUUCUGCGAUGACUUCAAGAGCUUUGCGAAUGGUAGUCACGAAGACAAACGCCUUGCGCAGCGGAAUCGUGCUCUCUAUGCUAUUUUCAAGAGGGAUAUACGCGGCACUGCUCCUGAUUUCAGGCCUUUCAAUGAACCGGAAGACUAUGUUCCACUGGACGAUACUGAAGAGAAUAUGACUCUUACUGAGCGAGACCCAGGCGUGAAGGUGAUGGGCAUAUACGAUAUCCGCAAGGUCAUCCAUGAGGCAAUUGGAUGGGAGCUUCCGAACAACGUGCCAUAUCAGGCGAAAUCAAACCUCAUUGCUCAAUUCACCAAACUUUGGGUUGCUCCGUCUGAGCGCUGUUUCGUUGGUGUCAAUAAAGUACUUGAUCAAGUCAUUGACACCCUCAUAAGCACCCAUUUUGGACGCUUCAAAGUUCUUGAGGAAUAUUUUGGCAAUUUGAUUCGAAUUCAGGUUGACAUCUGCAAGGCGCGUGCCCAAGCCGCUGUCAAGACAGCCUUGGAAUUGGAAACUACUACUCCGCACUAUACUCAGAACACGCACUAUCUUCAAACGCUCCGCGAAAAAUGGCUGGCUUAUUAUAAGACAGUUCGGAGUAGACCUUCUAUGUACAGGGCUCCCAUCCGCCAUAUUGGGGAGGCCGAAUUUGUAUUCAAUGGGCAAAAGUCUAAUUCUGCCAAGAGUCCUGUUAAGCCCACUGGUGUCAACUUGGAGACGCCCGAGUCCAAAGCUUUGAGGGCUCUUGCAGAAGCGGGGUAUGCAAGUCUUCGAGUUUCAGAUCUUGCAAGGUUGUUACCUCCCGACUCAUUUGAGGAAGAGCUGGUUGUGAUGGCUGACGUUCGAGCCUAUUAUCACGUUGCCUACAAGCGCAUCAUUGACCAUAUUCCUUUCACGAUCGAGCAUGCUCUCCAUCAUGCCCUGGCAAAACAACUUUCUCAGAGCCUUCUCACGAGCUUGCUGACUGAUGCUGCAUCUGGGCCCAGCUUCUCUGAGCGUAUGAAGGAGUUGGUCAGCGAAGAUGCUUCUAUCGCUCAGAAACGCCUAAUGCUCUCGACAAGAAAAGAACGCUUAUUAAACAUUCGCCGGAGACUCAUGACCUUCAGCAAUGGUAUUUGA